AUGGAAGUCAGGGAAGAUUUCAUGCUUUCACCUUCUGGUGACAGUGAUUCAACUUUCAGAACUGCUCAUUUUCUUAAACCCAUUUCAAACUCCAUUCAUGAACCAGCUUUUGAGUUUAAUCCAUUUUCAUCAUCUUCUUUUUUUGAUCAAAAUGAGUGUCCUUUGAAAAUCCAUUUCAGUGGAUGGCGUCACCCACAAGAGAAGUGGGUUAGAUGGGUUGAUGAGCUUAAACCAAACAACUAUCACUUUGGAGGAUAUUAUGGUUUUGGGGGUUACCCUAUCAUUGGUGAUCCUAUUUUUACCAAAGUUCAAGACCAAGAAAUGAGAGAGGUGGAAAAGAAGCUCAUCCUUGCAAGACGGAAACCUUGGCAGAGUAAAAAAGGUAAGGCUACCACAUCAAAAUGGAUCAAUAUUUUCGUUGGUAAAGGUAGUGAAAUUGAACAUGAAGCAUUUCUUGCUACUUGGUUGUCAAUUUUUGUUUUUCCUCAUAAAUAUUUGGUGAAAAAGUCUUUGUUUCCGAUCGCUAUUCUUCUUGCUAGAGGGUAUCCUAUUGCUUUGGCACCAGCUGUCUUGGCUAGCAUAUAUAAAGAUUUAAGUUUGUUUAAGAAAACAAUUGUUGAUUUGUCAAAAUAUCCUGUUGGUGGUGAUAGAUUUCCCUUGGAGAUUACUCUUCAAUCACCCUUUUACUUGGUUCAAAUUUGGGUUUGGGAGAGGUUCAAAAAUUUGCAACCACAACAACAAACUAUGUUGAUCAACCAUGGCGACCCUUUUUUGUUUAGGUGGCAUAAGGUUACGGACUUAUCAAUUGACAAUGUUAGGUUAGCGUUAGACUCGGCUGUGGAUGAUUUUCUUUGGCGUCCAUAUGUUAGAUAUGCCGAUAAGUGUGCAUUGUUUUAUCCAAAUGAUGAAAUUUCGGUACCAUUCAAAAUAGAUUUAGAUAACAAAAUGCUCUCAUUUGUUAUAUGCUUGAGAUGUUCUGAGCUAGUUGGUAUCGACUCUAUAGAGCAAUAUCUUCCACAUAGAGUUGCUAUGCAAUUUGGAAUUGAUCAAGAUGUUCCAAGUUAUGUGCCUAGGUUCAAUAAAACUAAAGUGAUUGCAUGGAAAAACUACUGCAGGCUCAUAUCUGAUAAAAAAUUGUAUUUUCCACCAAGACUUUUUGAGGCAGAUGUUACCACGCAUUAUGUCAAGUGGUGGAAGCAAUUUGUUUUAGGACGCGACGAUUUUGUUAACAAUAUUGUGCGUCGGAAAAGAAGUUCCAGUUCAAGAAAACACCGACCACAUGUAGGAAAAUUUGACAGAAGUGGUAUUGGUGCUGCUGUUCCACCUGAAUUUCCUCCCAAUCUUGUUGAUGAUGGUUCAAAAACUAAAACUAUGAAGGCUGAUGGAUUUUAUGCCAAUGUUCCAUAUGAAAAUUCUGUUCAUGAGAGUCUGAGAGCUGAUGAAAGUAUUGAUGCUGAUGGUUCUUCAAGUCUUCCUCGAAAACAUAAGACUCUUGUUCCUUCCAUAUCUGUUGAGGAUUGUUCAGCCUCUUCAGCAGAUUAUGAAAAUAUGUUACCACUGAAAAGGCCACUUUCAAAAGAUAACAUUGAAUUUUCAAUAGGGGAUUUCGAGGAUGAGUUUAAAGAUGCAAAUGCAAGCAAAAGAGCAAGAAUAUGUACUGACAAGGUCUCUUUGUCUAGUCCUGUUAUAUCAUCAGAUGUGGCAAGUGAAAUAGCUGGAUGUGGGGAUGAAGAUGAAAUCAAGAGUCCAUUUCAUGGAAGAAACGAUGAUAUCAAUGACUUACCAUUUGAUCUUGAAAACAGGAUUGAGAAACUUGAAAGAGUGUUUUCUAAGCUCAAAGAAGCAAGAUUUGGCCGAAAGGUUGAAAAUGUUUGA